UUAAAUCCCGCCUGGAGCCGCUGAGAUUAGUGGCAGCGUGGUCCUUGGCUGGGGAGGCAGGAGGGCGGCUUGUGUGCGGAGUCUGCAGCCGAGGUCCGGAGUCGGAACGGAAGAGUACUGCAGAGGCUUUUUUCUCCUCGUUUGUCUUUUGAACUCUAAUCAAGUAAUCAAGAUGUCCUCUAAUGAGAAUACCAAUACACCAGCUCGCUUGAACAGAUUCAAAAACAAAGGAAAAGAUACUACAGAAAUGAGAAGGCGGCGUAUUGAAGUCAAUGUAGAAUUGAGGAAAGCUAAAAAGGAUGACCAGAUGCUUAAAAGAAGAAAUGUUAGCACUUUUCCAGAUGAUGCCACUUCUCCCCUUCAGGAAAACAGGAGUAAUCAGGUUUCUGCACACUGGUCUGUUGAAGAAAUAGUCAAAGGAGUUAAUAGCAAUAAUAUGGAGCUUCAAUUGCAGGCUACUCAAGCUGCCAGGAAACUCCUUUCAAGAGAGAAGCAGCCCCCCAUAGACAACAUAAUUCAGGCUGGUUUGAUUCCAAAAUUUGUCUCCUUCUUGAGUAGAGCAGACUGUAGUCCUAUUCAGUUUGAAUCUGCCUGGGCGCUUACCAACAUUGCUUCUGGCACAUCAGAGCAAACCAAGGCGGUAGUAGAUGGUGGGGCUAUUCCAGCCUUUAUUUCACUUCUGGCCUCUCCUCACAUUCACAUCAGUGAACAAGCUGUGUGGGCGUUAGGAAAUAUUGCAGGGGAUGGUUCUAUCUACAGGGAUCUAGUUAUUAAAUUUGGUGCAAUUGAACCACUGCUGAGUCUACUAGCUGUUCCUGAUCUCUCCUCUCUGGCUUCUGGAUAUUUACGCAAUGUUACCUGGACCCUCUCAAACUUGUGUCGUAACAAGAAUCCUGCACCACCCAUAGAAGCUAUUGAGCAGAUUCUUCCAACUCUCGUCCGACUCUUGCAUCACAAUGAUCAUGAGGUGUUAGCAGACACAUGCUGGGCACUCUCCUAUCUAACAGAUGGUUCCAAUGACAGGAUAGAAGUUGUUGUGAAAACAGGAUUGGUGCCACAGCUCGUCAAACUGCUGGGAUGUGGUGAACUGCCAAUAGUGACUCCUUCACUGAGAGCCAUAGGAAAUAUUGUUACUGGUACUGAUGAGCAGACACAGAUUGUUAUUGAUUCAGGAGCCCUAUCUGUCUUUCCAAGUCUCCUAUCUCAUCAUAAAAACAACAUUCAAAAAGAAGCUGCAUGGACAAUGUCCAACAUCACAGCUGGACGUCAGGACCAGAUUCAGCAAGUUGUAGAUCAUGGCCUUGUGCCAUAUCUCAUUGGUAUUCUGAGGAAGGGAGAUUUCAAAUCUCAAAAAGAAGCUGUGUGGGCUGUGACUAACUACACAAGUGGUGGAACAAUUGACCAGAUCGUGUAUCUUGUUCAGGCUGGUGUUGUUGAGCCUCUACUGAAUCUCCUCACUGCUAAAGACAGCAAAACUGUGCUAGUAAUUUUGGAUGCUGUUUCUAAUAUCUUCAUGGCUGCCGAGAAGAUAAAUGAGACUGAGAAACUUUGCCUCAUGAUUGAGGAAUGUGGAGGUCUAGACAAAAUUGAAGCUCUUCAGUCACAUGAAAAUGAACAGGUGUACAAGGCCUCAGCCACCCUGAUUGAAAAAUAUUUCUCAGCAGAAGAGGAGGAGGACCAGAAUGUUGUACCAGAAUCUACUGCUGCUAGUUAUACUUUCCAAAUUCAGGGCAGUACUCCUGAUACUUUCAACUUCUAGAUGCUGCAUACACUGCAACCACCUACAAGCCACUUGGUGUACAAAUGCUGCCACUUCUGUGUCUUAAUAGCCCCUCUUUUUUUUUUUUGUGACCUCUAGCACUUUGUCCAACUGAAACAUACUUGAACAGUUCAAAACUGUACAUAUGUGAAUUUUUAACUGUUAAAUUCAUUCUGACAUUCUUGUAAAUACAUCUUCUCACUUCUGUCUUCUAGCCUUUUACUGUCUCUGUCUUACAAAAGAUGCAAGUAGGUAAUAUAAGCUUCUUUUUAAAUGUAACCCCUUGCUCUGUGUAACAUAUUACAAUCAAAACACUGAGUAAGCUUUUAAGGAGGAUUCAUUUCAAGUUCAAUAAAGUGUUAACAAUACAUCAAA